AUGGUCCAAAGAAAAAAUCUCUAUUUGACAGGGCUUCUUCCUAUACCUAUGAAUUUCCUUGGACCCAGAAAUGAUACAUUGGAAGAAUCUUUUCGGUCAUCCAAUAUAAAUAGGUUGAUUGUUUCGCUCCUGUAUCUUCCAAAAGGAAAGAAAAUCUCUGAGAGCUGUUUCCUGGAUCCAAAAGAGAGUACUUGGGUUCUCCCAAUAACUAAAAAGUGUAUCAUGCCUGAAUCUAAUUGGGGCUCUCGAUGGUGGAGGAACUGCCUCGGAAAAAAGAGGGAUUCUAGUUGUAAGAUAUCUAAUGAAACCGUCGCUGGAAUUGAGAUCUCAUUCAAAGAGAAAGAUAUCAAAUAUCUGGAGUUUCUUUUUGUAUAUUAUAUGGAUGAUCCGAUCCGCAAGGACCAUGAUUGGGAAUUGUUUGAUUUUCUUUCUCCGAGGAAGAGGCAAAACAUAAUCAACUUGAAUUCGGCACAGCUAUUCAAAAUCUUAGUGAAAGAUUGGAUUUGUUAUCUCAUGUUUGCUUUUCGUGAAAAAAUACCAAUUGAAGCGAAGAGUUUCUUCAAACAACAAGGAGCUGGGUCAACUAUUCAAUCAAAUGAUAUUGAGCAUGUUUCCCAUCUCUUCUCGAGAAACAAGUUGGAUAUUUCCUUGCAAAAUUGUGCUCAAUUUCAUAUGUGGCAAUUCUGCCAAGAUCUCUUCUUUAGUUCGGGGAAGAAUCCGCACGAACCGGAUUUUUUGAGGAACAUAUUGAGAGAGAACUGGAUUUGGUUAGACAAUGUGUGGUUGGAAAACAAGGAUCGGUUUUUUAGUAAGGUACGGAAUGUAUCGUCAAAUAUUCAAUAUGAUUCCACAAGAUAUAGUUUCGUUCAAGUAACGGAUUAUAGACAAUUGAAAGGAUCUUCUGAUCGAUCCAGAUAUCAUUUUGAUUCCAUUAGUAAUGAGGGUUCAGAAUAUCACACAUUGAUCAAUCAAAUAGAGAUUCAACAACUAAAAGAAAGAUCAAUUCUUUGGGAUCCUUCCUUUCUUCAAACGGAAUGA